GAGAGUUACUGAAGUUCUGUUCCUCCUCGUUUUUCAUAACUACACCACCCUCUGAUGCCUUGCUCAUUACCACAUGUGGUUGUUUGGUUUCCAAGACUGGGAAACUGGGGGCAAUUUAAUGAGCAGCAAGCAUGUGCAUAGCUGUGGAAUCAGGAUGCUGUGUGGCAGUCCUGCUGCCACCAAAGGCUGUGCUUUCUCAGUGUGGUUACUGUGCACCUGUACAGUCAGCUCACCUGUAGAGACCCAGUGCAGAAUAAAGGCUUUCCUGGCCAUUUGGUCCUGUCCUUGUUGAAGGUCCUUUGACACCUGCUAUUUUGGCAAAAAGCAGCAUUAGCAGUUGUGUCCAUUAACCUGUCCUGCCUCAGCCCAGCAGUGUUUGACCUCUCACCAGAGGGAGAAACUUUGGAGCUUGUAGCACCAAAUCUGUGGCGUUGCUGAACUCUUCUGCCACCUGGGAGAGCAGAGAUGGAAGUGGAGCUGACAUCCAGUGGCUCUGGGUCCUCCUCCUCUGCCCCCACCUCUGACCUGUUUGCAUGGCACUUUGGAGGUGAUGAACGUCACCUCACCUCGCUUUGUGCCUGCUUCCUGUGUGGUGGUGGUAGGGUUAACCACACUGUUGUCUUAUAUGGUCAUUUGAAUCCCCUGACGCUUCCUCAGAGGGCCAAAAAUAAACUGGAGCCGAGCGAGCAGCUGAAUGCAGUGCAGAGCGAGCCGUGGCCAUCUGCUUUUAUUCAAAGCCCUGAGCGGCAGGCUCUGUGCAUGUGUGUCUGUUUCUGCCUCAGCAUGACCUGUUUCUCCUACUCGGAGUAUUUCUCCUUAUUUCACUCGUGUCACCGGCCCUGCAGACUGGCGGCCCAGCAGCCGGGCCGCGCGCAGCCGUCCAGCGCGGGGGCAGCCUGGGGGGGCAGCCCAAGGCACGACAGCAGCACAGCCCAGCCCGUAGAAAUUGACCCUGUAGUGGCAGCAAUCAGGGAUGGAGAUGAAAAAGCAGUAAGCAACAUGAUGAAAUCAGGAAAAAACCUUUCUGUACCUAAUAAGGAUGGCUGGAUACCCCUCCACGAAGCUGCAUACUAUGGCCAAGUGGGCUGCCUGAGCCUGCUGCAAAAAGCGUACCCAGGCACCAUCGACCAGCGCACGCUCAACGAGGAGACAGCUCUCUACCUGGCCACCAGCCGGGGCAACCUGGACUGCCUGCACACCCUGCUGCAGGCUGGGGCCGAGCCUGACAUCUCCAACAAGGCCAGAGAAACUCCACUCUACAAAGCUUGUGAGCGGAAGAAUGCAGAGGCUGCAAGGCUCCUGGUGCAGUACAACGCAGACACCAACCACCGCUGCAAUCGGGGCUGGACCGCUCUCCACGAGGCCGUCUCCCGAAACGACCUGGAGAUCAUCGACAUCCUCGUGAAAGGGGGAGCCAAGAUUGAGUCAGCAAAUGCCUACGGCAUCACCUCUUUGUUUGUGGCAGCUGAGAGUGGGCAGUUGGAAGCUCUGAGAUACCUUGCAAGAUGUGGUGCUGAUAUAAAUACACAAGCCAGUGACAACGCCUCUGCCCUUUACGAAGCCUGUAAAAAUGGACAUGUGCCUAUUGUGGAGUUUCUUUUGUCCCAAGGAGCAGAUGCUAACAAAGCCAAUAAGGAUGGCCUGUUACCUCUUCACAUAGCAGCCAAAAAAGGCAUUUGCGAGAUCGUGUCCAUGCUGAUCCCUGUGACCAGUCGCACCCGUGUCAAGCGCAGCGGCAUCAGCCCCCUGCACUUGGCGGCCGAGCGCAACAACGACGAUAUCCUGGAGGAGCUGAUAGACGCUGGCUACGAGGUCAACGCCGCCCUCUCUGACGAGCGGUCCUGCCUGUACGAGGACAGACGCACCACCCCGCUCUAUUUCGCUGUUUUUAACAACAAUAUCUACGCCACAGAGCUGCUGCUGCAAGCCGGAGCCAACCCCAAUGUUGACCUCAUCAACCCGUUGCUCAUCUCCAUCCGCCACGGCUGCCUCAAGACCAUGAAACUGCUUCUUGACCAUGGGGCAAACAUUGAUGCCUAUAUUUCAAGCCAUCCCACCACAUUUCCAGCUACCAUCAUGUUCUCAAUGAAGUACCUUUCUGUGCUGAAGUAUCUCCUGGAUCUGGGCUGUGAUGCUGGCUCCUGUUUUGAGUGUCAGUACGGAAAUGGCCCACACCCUGCACUGAAUUACAGGCGGGAAAGACUGAAUGAUCCUCAGGUGACCAGGGAGCCAACGGUAGUACAGUUCUGUGAAAUGGUGUCUACUCCAGAGAUAAGUCGCUGGGCUGGGCCGAUCAUCGAUGUUCUUCUGGAUUACGUGGGUAAUGUGCAGCUCUGUUCCCGGCUCAAGGAGCACAUUGACAGCUAUGAGGACUGGGCUGUCAUUAAAGAAAAAGCAGAACCUCCACGACCCCUUUCCCAUCUUUGCCGCAUCAAGGUCCGGAGCCUGGUAGGAAGAAGCCGCAUUAAACUCCUCGACACGCUGCCUCUCCCAGACAGACUGAUCCGCUAUUUACAGCACGAUUACUCACAGUGACCCCAAGCACACUGCACUGCAGCAGCCUCCCAGCGUCACACCGUGGCACAGGUGCACACUGGAGAGGAAUUGCUGUUGGCUUGGUCAAGCACCCUCCCAUGACUAAUCUAAGGGAAAUGUGCUUUUGAAGCAUGAGCGAGAAGAAAAUGGAGGAGACAGCUAACACAGGAGAUCGCUGUUAGGUUUUUCAAGAGAAAACACACACGAUUCACCUCAGACCGUAGUCUGCAAAGAAGAAAGAAAAACCAACAUUGACAAAUGAGUAGCGCUGAAGCAAGUAUCAGUGAGGAACUCAAAAGUGUCCUGAAGCUGUGCUGGAGCUUAGAAUCCUUGUGUGGACACAAUUCAGAACUUGUCAAGAAUUAAUGUAUUUGGGAAAACAAUCACAUUACCUUCACUGACUGAGAUUUUUAUUGUAGUUUCUAUUCUAUUGUUUGGAUUUCUGCUAAGUGUGUUGGUUGCUAAUUCUCUGAUAUUUUGACACCACCUUGCUAACACUUCUUUUUUUUUUUGUACCUUUCUUAUUGAGUACUUGAUUUCUGAACCUUCAAAUCUCAGAACUCUUUAAUAGUCUAAAAUCCAGAAAUACUGAAUCCUUUAAAAGUCAAGAAAAGGUUUAUUUAAGGAGGAUGGAAGAAUUAUAUUUGCACAUAGUUCAUUCUGUAUUAUAUUUACAAUAGGAAGUAAGUGAAAUUUUGCUUGAGAGAAUUUCCUCGAUUGGGGAUUUGAAAGCAAC